AUUUCCUUCAAUAUAAUUAUUGGUAAAUUGGAAUUUCUUAAGGUUUCAAAUUUAGAUUUCCAAUCCAAUUAGAAACUCCUCACUGACAUCGACACUUACCACAGCUCUGCGGCAUCCAAUCUCCAUGAAAAAGUCUUUCUUCUUGCCAAACUUUCAAAGCUUCUCCACUUGGAUUAACAAGAUCAGUCAGGUUUUAAUUGUGGGGAAGCUGCAAAUUUCGAAACUCCACGGUGGCUUCAAGUAGCUAAAGAAGCUGCGGUACGGAGAGCCUCUAUGAACCAUCUUCCUAUGCUUUCUCAUCAACAGCUGCUAUAUGUGUUGACCAUGUCUUUUGUUUUAAGGUUAGUUGUUGGUAUACUGAUGGAAAAUAAAGAAUAUGUGUUUAGAAUAUUGGUAGGUAUAAUUUCUUUUAAAGAUCUAUACUGAUGUUGUACUUAGAUGACAGUAAUUAAAGAUCUACAAUUUCUUUUAAAGAUCUAUGCUGAAAUUCUUGCUUUUUGUACCCAGAUGACAGUAAUGGUUAGUGUGGUUUAUAUUUUUUGAUGAAAAGAUUUAAGGUAGUUAUGUUUUGUGGUUCCAAUAAAAGAAUGGAUUGCAG